GAGAGCAGGAGGCCCUCGCCUCCCUUGCGAAGCAAGUAAGGAAGUCACCCCCUAACCCGGCGGCGGCGCGCGGUCCAUUCCUUCCCUCAGUUCCACCGUCGCGUCGCACGGGAACGAGAGCAGCGAUGAUGAAGAGGCACGCGCUCCAGCUCCUCGCGCGUGCGGUGCCUCAUACUUCUGCCCCUCCUGCUCCGCCGGCGCGCUUUCGCCCUCAGGUCGCCGCGCUGAAAGGCUGGGGAUCCAGGGGAGCCUCGGCGGGUUUUUUCUCGACCGACGCUGCUGCUGCUACGCCUGCGGCUCCUGGCGCGGCGCAGGGCGGUGCAAAGCCCGCGGCGGCUGUGGCGGCGACCGUUUCCGGUGGCGGAGGCGAAGGGGGCGGGCAGGAUGGGAAGUCGGGACAAGGGGGCGCCGGGAAGUCUGUCCGAGGCGGGCCUGUCUCGUGGUUGAGUUUUCUACUGCUUCUUGUGACCGGAGGAGGAAUCAUAGUGUACUACGACAAGGAAAAGAAGCGUCACAUUGAAGAAUUGAAGAACAAAACAAAUUCGGUGAAGCCUGGACAAUCAGUAGGAACUGCUGCUAUUGGUGGUCCAUUCACUCUUCUAAAUCAUGAUGGGAAACCUGUUACUGAAAAGGAUUUCUUGGGUAAAUGGACACUGCUGUAUUUUGGGUUCACACACUGCCCUGACAUUUGUCCAGAUGAACUCCAGAAGAUGGCUGCUGCUAUUGACAAAAUCAAGGAAAGGACAAAAAUAGAAAUUGUGCCAGUAUUCAUCUCAGUUGAUCCUGAAAGAGACACUGUCGAGCAAGUGCAUGAUUAUGUUAAAGAGUUCCAUAAAGAUCUAAUAGGAUUAACUGGUACGACUGAUGAGGUAAGGCAGGUCGCUCGGGCUUAUCGAGUUUACUAUAUGAAGACAGAGGAGGAGGGUUCUGACUACCUUGUUGAUCAUUCAAUAGUCAUGUACUUGAUGAAUCCGAAAAUGGAGUUUGUUAAAUUCUUUGGCAAGAACUAUGACGUGGAUUCACUUGCUGAAGGCAUCGUCAAAGAAAUUCGAGAGCACAAGAGCAGCUGAAAUGCUGCGCUUCAUUUUGACCCGCCAGAUUUCAGAAUCAUGCUCAAAUAAGCAAACCAGAUAGUGGCUUAGCUACUGUUCGUUCGUUCUGGACCUGGGAUCUUCGAAUAUUUUGUUACCUUGAGGCCUUUUGCUCUAGCAGAUUUUGGCUCGCUGGUUACCUGAGGACCCAAUAUUCUUUACUUUUUGUGUCCUCCGUUGUGGAAAAAUUUAGUACUCCUACUAAAGUAGUAUUUGCAUAUUUGAUUGGACCCACGGAGAACGGUACUGAUCAUCAUCAUAACGAUUCAUCUUUCUUUAUUCCGUCCGGUGGACAUGGGUCUAACUUA